UCUCGUGAUCAAGGUGUGAAUGCUCCCUUAUGGGACGCCAGCCUGUAAAGUGAGCAUACCGGAUAAUUCCCAGAUAAUUUAUGAUUUGAUUCUUUGAAAACAGUGAACUCUAUAAGUGAAUAUUCAGUGAAUAUUGAUAAUACUCGAAACCAUUUUUCAAAAAUAACUCCAUUUAUCCAUAAUGGAUAAUAAAAGAAGACGAAAUUUAUACCUCGAUCAUGAGGAGGAAAAUAUCCCUCGUACAACGAGGUAUAGGUUACAGUUGGCACAAAACGCCAUCGGAGUUAAUGAUGAACAACCUGAUCCGGUGGAAAACAACCGUAACUUACAAGGAGAUUCAGCAGCUGAGAUUAAUUUGAACAAUGAUAAUAAUGCUGAUAAUAAUCUCAAUGUAAGUGGAGGCGCGGAUGAUACAGAUGAUGAAGAUUCUGAGGAAGAAGCAGAUGACAAUAGUAUGAAUGAUUUUCCCAUUGGAGAACAAGAAGAUCAAUUGUUGCUUGGUGUUGUUCGUGAAACGAUUGACGAAGCUACUUCAAUCAGUGCUUUGGAGAAGAUAUUACAGUCAGAAGCAAUACUAAAUGUUAUUGAAACCCCAAUUGCUGUCAGUCAAGGCGAAAUUUUAUGUAUGUUUUUAAAGUAUGCUAUUUUUCAUUCUUUAAGUCACACGGCUGUAACCGAUUUAUUUAAAGGUAUAAAUUGCAUGUUUGCAGCAGCCAUUCUUCCAGAUACUCGUUAUCUAAUUGAUAAAUUGUUUUUUUCCACGAAAUUUGUUCGUUAUCACGCUAUAUGCUCAUACUGCGGAAUGUAUGGGGGUACUUUUGAUCGUUCAGAUAGUCAAAGGACUUGUACUGCUUGUGAAAAAGUCAUAAUGUUUAAAGACAAGAGUUUCACAACUUUUUACGCCACUUUUAAUAUCAAAGACAACAUAAAGCAGUUGUUAGAAGGAAAUGAAGAUUACUACAAUCACAUUAUGGAAGAAAGAGUUUCCCAGCCUGGGAUUUUUCAGGAUAUAUAUGAUGGAAAAGAAUACCAAGAAUUCGUUAAAAACUUAGAUUGUGAAGACAGAAAGAGUUACGCGACUUUGACCUUUAAUAGUGAUGGAGCACCUAAGUUCAAAAGUGAUAAUUUUAAUAUGUAUCCGGUUCAAGCAAUAUUAAAUGAAACACCUAUGAAUGUUCGCGUAUCUCAGCCAAUUGUUUGUGCAAUGUGGUUUGGUAGAAGCAAACCAGAUAUGAACGUUUUUUUAAAAGGAUUCGUUGAUCAUAUGAAUGAAAUUUCUAAAUCGGGAGUGCCAUGCAACAUAAAGGGGAAAAACCUAUUAGUUAAACCUUAUGCAAUCUGUUGCUGUGUAGAUUCCAUAGCACGUGCUCCUAUGCAAGGUGUCAAGCAGUGUAACGGACAUUAUGGUUGCAACUGGUGCCUUCAUGAAGGAGAGUGGGUACCAAAUGCACAGAAGACAGGUGGCUGUGUCAAAUUUCCAAUUACCGAUCCUCUGCCUAAAAAUCGCACCGAAGAACAUUUUUUACAAUGUAUGGACUAUGUCUUCAAUUCACCAAUUGACAAUAAUCAGUCAAAUAAUGAAGUUGAUGAUGCUUUGAUUAAUGAACCUGAUAAUCCUUCGAGCAACGAACAUGAUUCUCCUAAUAAUGAACCUGAAGAUCCAGCACAUUCAAUUUCAAAUUCUGUCGAUUCUGAAGCAGAAGAAGAGAUGCAUUCAUUUGGAGUGUUACAUAUGUCACCUUUAAAUAACUUGGAAAAGUUUAAAAUGAUAUCUGGGUUUACUCCGGAUGACAUGCAUUUAGCUCGAUUGGGUAUAGGGGAACAGUUUUUAAAUUAUUGGAGUCAUAAAAGGAGUUCGCCGUUAAAAACUGUUUUCACUUCUGAAAAUAUUACUGAAAUAAAUAAAAUUUUAGAAGCCAUUCAGGUUCCAAACCAAGCUAUGCGUUUAACACGUACACUAAGUGACAGAAGUAACUGGAAGGCCAAAGAAUGGGAAAACUGGAUAUUAUAUUACAGUUUACCAAUUAUUAGCUUAUUCUUAGAUGAAAAGGUAGUUGAACAUUGGGCUCUUUUUGUAGAAGCAUUUUACAUAUCCCUGAAAACUUCAAUAACAGUUGAUGAAUUGAAGCGUAUCGAAUAUUUAGUGAAAAAGUUUAUGUUAGAUACCGAAAAAUAUUAUACAAAAAGUGCUAUGACUUACAAUGUUCAUCAGCUUUUACAUUGGGUACAAUCUCUAUCAGACUGGGGUCCAUCGUGGUCACACACAGCUUUUGCGUUUGAAUCUUAUCACAGAACAUUACUGCAAAUGAUUAAAAGUGCUAAGGGAGUAACACAUCAAAUUUGUCGACAACUUUCUAACCGCCAAAGUGAUCUGAUUUUAACAAAUCAUAUUCUCCCCGGUAGUUCUUUACAAGUUAAAAAUUACUGUUCACAUUUCAGAGAAAAGCAAACUCAGAAUACUUGUAAAAUUGGUCCAAUAAGAUACUUUGGAGUUCCUAGGAGAGUCGAACAAAGCUGGAAACAAGAACUACAAUUGUCAAACGAAGCGGUUUCGUACAAGAAAAUGGUUAAAGAUAAGUGUGUUUAUUCUACUAAAGUUGAUAAAAAAUCCCGCUCGAAUAACACGUUUGCUCUUCUUAAAAACGGCUCUUUUGUACAAAUAAAAAAUUUUAUAGUCGAUCAAUUAACGGAUGAGCAGUACACAAUUUGCAACUUACUUAGAACGGAAAACGCUUACCUAAACAGUUGUACAUUUAUGAAAAAAGUUGAAACAUCUGAUUAUAAUCCUUGUUCCAUCAAUACGGAUGAAAUUGAAAAAAUUUGCAUAUUUUUUACAAUACGAGAUUCUGACUAUAUAUGUCCACUUCCAAAUAUGUUUUAUUUUUAAAGUAAUUCGUGGUUACUUUAUUUCUUCAUGUUAUCGUUUUAACAAAUAAAUCUCUUGCGCGGAGAAAAAUGAGAAGUAAUAACAAAAGAAUAUUUAAAAAUUAACAAUAAAAACACAAAACAAAAUUUUAAUGAUACGGCAAUUGUAGAAAAUGUUUCUAAAAAGUGUAUAACUAGAAAUUCGAAAAUUGCUUGCAAUUAAUUUCUAUUAUAAUUUUUUACGCGUUAAAAAUGGUUCAAAACAAUUUUUAGUUUUGAGGUUGUGUUAUGUGUACAGUCUGCUUAAAUUCUUCAUGUAAAAAUUAUUUAAGAGAAAUUUGCAGUAUCAAAUUAAAUUUAGAGAAAUUUAUGUUUUUAAUGUAAAUUUAAAGUUCAAAUCGUAAUUCCUUUUAAAAAGAUUUAAUUGAAAAUAAAAUAUUAAAUAAAUUAUUUUAUUUGCAUUUGUCACAAACUCAACUGUUAACUUUGAAUUGCGUUUGAUAAUAUUUGUGUCUUUAACUUAUAUUACAAAAUUCUUGUUAAAAAUUUUUGUUCUUGUCCUUUUAAAUUUUCGCACGCUUCAACAUACAUGCUACUUUAAUGUAGCGUUGUCAUAUCUAAUGAGAUUUUGUGAACAAUUUCGAAUUUAUUUAACUUUUAUUAAAAAUUAAGUUUAUAAAAUUAAAUAAGACUUUGAGAAUAAGUUCCUGAAAUAUGUUAGUAUAAUAUACUUGAAAAUUAUUCAUUUCUGCUCAUUAAUAAUGUGAAAAAAAGAAAAAUAUUAGCGAUCAUAUACGAAAUUUGUCAGAAUAUAGCUGAUUUCUACAUGAGUACGUGUUAACUUCAAAAAUGUUUUUAAAUAAAAAAGGCUUAUGGGUGAUUGUCAAAAUAAAGGAAAACUUGUAGCUGAAAAAAGGCAAUUAUGGUACUAGAAAAAAUGUGACAGAUAUUGAUAAAAAUCUAUUUUAUCACUUCUUAAAUGAUUAAAUUUUGAAGGGGCAGUUUUAAAAAUAAGAAUUAGCUGCAAUAUUUGCAAUUGAAAUAAGGAAUAGAAUUUUAGGUUAUAUCAUAUAUCGCAUAUAUCAUGAAGUAGUAUAAGGAGCACUCACUGCUUGUUAAGCAUAUAGGCCCUCUGCAUGAGAAUUAAAUCCGAAAUUACAUAUCUCCGAUUAUGACGCCUCUAGCGGAAAAACGGUGUACUUAGAAGUUUUCAAAAUAUGGCUGCUCCUAGUGACAGCUGUUCUCAUAUAGUAAACAGUGUAAAAUGAUAUAUAAUAAUUUUAGAAAAAGUGUAAAGAAAUAAAGAGUUACAUACAAAAGUUUAAUAUUUGCCAUGUGCAACGCUUGUUAAAAAUACAGACAUUGUUUAGAAGUUGAACCUAGUAAAAUCAACAAGAAAGUCAUGUUGUCCAUAUAAGUACAAGCCCAUCUUGUAAAAUUUAAAAGGAUUCUAGUUAAUUAUACUUUUAAAACAUUUCUCCGCCUAUCCUGUAUUAAAAAUAACUACUUUACAAGGUCAAAAAGUUGAAAAAAGAGUCCUGCAUUUUUUGUUUAGAUUAUUGUUUCCAGAAAUUAUACAUUUAUGUGGACAGGCGUAUUCGCUAAAAUUAUUUAAAAUUGACUUCUUUAUGCGGAAGUUAAAAUUACAGUUUUUUGAACUAUAUUCUACUAGUAAUGCGGAAAUUCACAAGAUUUUAUGUUGAAGUGUCCUGGUAUGCUAUUACUUUAAGGGUACGGCCAUACCUCGACAGACAGUCAGGCUGGUUGUCUGUUUACCAUUGGAGUAACAGAGAUGUAUGUAUGUUUGUCUCUCUCACUCUAAUGGUGAACAGACAACCAGCCUCAUUCUCUGUCGAAAUGUGGCGGUACCCUAAGCGUUGAAAUGAAUGUUGAUUUAUUUAAAUGUAGAAUAUUACUUCAUUAUACAUCCUAAUAAUCUUCAAUAAAUUUUAGAGUUAGCGAUAAAUAUCGAAAGUGCGCUACUGACCAUGUAUCUACUUACGAAGCCACUAAGAUAUAAAAUUGAGAAUUUAUUACUUACUGAAAAUAGAAAAUUUUGAAAAACGUGAAAUUAGAAAUAAAUUAAUCUCGGAGAGGUCUUUAUACUGUCUUCAUACUGAGCACAAAAGAUUUUCUAAAUGAACACUGCAGCGCAACUCGACAGCGGAAUUUAACAAUAUUAUUAGGAACAAAUGUAAUUAAAAUAAUUUUCUUUGAUUUAUUCACAAAAUGUAAUUCUAUAAUUAUUGUAAUAUAAUAUUGUAGUUUUCACCGUAUAUUUCUAAAAAAUACAUUGGCUUUUAAGCGAA